AAAAGGAGAUUUGAGAGACAACAGGGACAUCAAGAGGGAUCCAUCAGUCAAAAGAUAAGCAGCUAUGAAAAAAUGCCUACUUAUUAUGCUUCUCUUACUCACAAUACAGAUAAAUCAUAUGAAUGUAAGGAAUGUGGGAAGUACUUUAGUCAUGGUUCAAAUCUUAUGCAGCAUCAGAGUAUUUAUAUGGGAGAGAAACCAUAUGAAUGUGAGGAAUGUGGGAAGAACUUUAGACUUCAUGUAUAACUUACGCAACAUCAGAAAUUUCAUACUGGUGAGAAACCCUUUAAAUGUAAGGAAUGUGGGAAAACCUUUAAUCAUGAUUCAUACCUUGCUCAACAUCAGAGUAUUCAUGCAGGUGUAAAACCAUAUGAAUGUAAUGAAUGUGGAAAAGGCUUUAAUCAUGGUCCAAACCUUAUACAGCAUCAGAAAAUGCAUUCUAGUGAGAAACACUUUUUAUGUAAGGAAUGUGGGAAGGCCUUUAGUCUUCUGAUACAGCUGGCUCAACAUCAGUACAUUCAUACUGAUGAGAAACCAUUUGAAUGCAAAGAAUGUGGGAAAGCCUUCAGUUGUGGCUUGAACCUUGUUCAGCAUCAGAGAAUUCACAAUGGUGAGAAACCCUUUGAUUGUAAGGAAUGUGGGAAGGCCUUUCAACACCAUUACCAGUUUCUCAGACAUUACAGAAAUCACACUGGUGAGAACCCCUAUGAAUGUAAGGAAUGUGGGAAAUACUUUACUGAUGGUAGAGACCUUAGAGUACAUCAGAGAAUUCAUACCAAUGAACCAUAUCAGUGUAAGGAAUGUGGGAAGGCUUUUAGUCAUAGCUUAAACCUUCAACAUGUUAAAAUUCAUACUGGUGAGAAACCCUGUGAAGGUAAGGAAUGUGAAAAGGCUUUUAGCAAUAAUUACAAACUUACUGUACAUCAGAGAAGUCAUACUGGUGUGAAACUCUCUGAAUGUAAGGAAUGUGGGAAAGCUUUUAGACUUAGUUAAGUCUUUACUGUGCAUCAGAGAGUUCAUACUGCUAUGAAAUCCUAUGAAUGUAAAGAAUGUGGAAAGACCUUUAGUUUUAUUUCAAACCUUGUUCAACAUGCGAGAAUUCAUAGUGGUGAAAAACCUUAUAAAUGUAAGGAAUGUGGUAAGGCUUUUAGACUUAGUUCAGUUUUUAUUGCCCAUCAAAGAAUUCGUACAGGUCUGAAACCCUAUGAAUGUAAAGAAUGCCAGAAACCCUUUACUAUGAAUGAUCAGCUUACUCAACAUCAGAAAAUUCAUAAUCAUCAGAAGUCUUAUGAAUAUAAGGAAUAUGGACAAGUCUUCACUGGGUAUGAACAACUUACUCAGCAUCAGAGAAUUCAUACUGGUGAGAAAUCCUAUGACUAUAAAAGAUGUGGAAACACCUUUCAUCCUGAUCUGAUGUUUGCCCAACAGUGCAGUAUUCAUACUGGUAAGAAGUCAGAUUAA